UCUAGUAUUUCCAUCGCUAUUUGAUUAUACAGCCUUGAGUAGGUUGAACGAUUUCUCCGGUGUUUAUAUUUAUUUUGUUUAAUUUAGUGUGCAAUAUGCCUGCUUCUGACAUUAGUAUUAUGAGCUCCACGGAAAAUUUGCUAAACUUGUCGAAGGAGUCCUUCAACGGUUACAUUAAUGAAAGCAGUAAAGAUCUCCAGCUGUCAGAUGCUCCCAUUUGGCUGACAAAAGACUAUUUGGAACACUGUCUACGUGAACAUUAUAAAGAUGAAAAGCUGAAAAUACUCAGAUGGGACGUUCGUCCAGCGCUGGGAAAAGGUGAAAAUUAUGGCGGGGUUUUAACACGCAUUCUUGCCGAAUAUCAGACGUACUUGGGCACCAUAGUCCCCGGUCACUAUGUCGUGAAAACAUCCUUCGAAACUGAUGAGUUUUCCCGUAAACUUAUGGAACCUUAUGAUAUUUUUAAUCGUGAAAUGUCUAUAUACCAAAAUGUGUUGCCACGGUUAAAUGCAUUGUUGCGUGGAAUAGGUGAUCAGGAGAAAAUCUUUGCCGACACAAUCGCUGUUGAUCGUGAACGUUCUGCACUCAUAUUCGAAGACUUAAAUGUACGUGAAUUUGUCAUGCCGAACCGAUUAGUUGGAUUGAAUAUGACUUUGGCAAAGAUAGUGCUCCGCAAAAUUGCAAAAAUGCAUGCAUCUUCCGCAGUAUUGAACGAGCGCGAAGGUGGUUGUCUCGAAACCUUUGAUCGUGGUUUCUUUAAUAGACAUACAGAUAAUUAUAUGCCCGGAUUUGAAGGCCUAUUGACGGCUUGCAGUCGACGGGUUGCCCAGUGGGAGGGCUAUCAGUAUUACGCCAACAAGUUAAUGACUUUGAAAUCUAAGUAUGCCGAAUUGGGAAAACAAGUAUUCGAUCCUAUUCCAAGUCAUGUGAAUGUAUUGACACAUGGCGAUCUCUGGACAAAUAAUGUAAUGGUUAAAUAUGAUAAAACUACUGGUGAACCUUUGGAUGUGACCAUUAUCGAUUUUCAAUAUGCUGCUUGGGGAUCACCGGCUUUAGAUCUGUACUAUUUUCUUAAUACCUCAUUGGAAGAAGAUAUACAUUUGAAUCGUCAAGAUGAGCUCAUACAUUGUUAUUAUGAAACCUUCUCAGACACGUUACGAAAAUUACAAUACCAAGCACAAAUUCCAAGCCUACAUAGGUUUCGUUUGCAACUUGAAGAAAAAGCAUUUUACGCGUUUAGCUCCACUUGUGUUAUUUUAGCGGUUCAACGAAACGAAGAUACUGAGGACGCAGAUUUUAAGGCCAUUAUGCAGAGCGACGAGCGGGCUACUCGAUUCAAGGAUACAUGCUUUAAGAAUCUUUACGUUCAACGUAUUAUCAAAAGACUUCUACCCUUAUAUGAACGACGUGGUUUACUGGAAAUUGAGCAAUAGUUUAAAUUGUUUUCUUUUAAUAUUUUACUUUGUAAAUUAUCUAUUUGUUAUAAAGUAAGGAUUUACAGACACGUA